ACUCGCUGACAUAGAGAUCAUACGCUGACCCUCACUCUCUAUGGCGCAGUGUCAACUUUAUGACGUCACUCAUAAUAUUUGCCCGAACGCGGUCACAGCGCGCCACGAAAUUCGGGUCGGCGGAACGUUGCUCCUGGCAACACCGAAAACCACGUCGAAAAAAAAAAACCCUACGGCAAAGCAGGUAAACAAAAGCAAAACAAGCAUAUUCGUCCCAGCUUGAAGCGGAGGAGGAACGCACGGUCGCACGCUGCUACAGCACGACGAGCCACCGAGGUCCCUCCGACGGGCGGACGGACGGACGGGGUGGCCGCUCCGAAGGGCCGCGAUGAAUGGCUUCGGUGCGAUGACGGCGAGGAAGACUGAUCGGCCGCCCUAAGCGCUCUCCCAGCGAGCACCAUGAAGGAAAUGGUGGGCGGCUGCUGCGUGUGCUCCGACGAACGCGGCUGGGCGGAAAACCCCCUCGUCUACUGCGAUGGACAGGGCUGCAAUGUUGCCGUCCACCAAGCCUGCUAUGGGAUCGUGCAAGUGCCCACUGGACCCUGGUUCUGCAGGAAGUGCGAGUCUCAGGAACGAUGUGCACGUGUGCGUUGCGAGCUGUGUCCUUCCAGAGAUGGUGCACUCAAGAGGACCGACAAUGGAGGCUGGGCGCACGUGGUGUGCGCUCUGUACAUCCCAGAGGUACGCUUUGGCAAUGUGACGACCAUGGAGCCGAUUGUGCUGCAGUUGGUACCACAAGACCGCUUCAGCAAGACCUGCUUCAUCUGUGAGCAACAGCGUCACGAGAGCAAGGCUUCCAUCGGGGCAUGCAUGCAAUGCAACAAGUCUGGGUGCAAGCAGUACUUCCACGUCACAUGUGCUCAGGCAGCUGGGCUGCUGUGUGAGGAGGCUGGAAACUACAUGGACAAUGUGAAAUACUGUGGUUACUGCCCAUACCACUACCAGAAGUUGAAGCGGGACAGCAACAUCAAGAUCAUCCCGGCGUUCAAGCCGAUCCCGGCGGACUGCGAGGACUCCCAGGAAGCGAGCCCCGAGCGCAAGCCCGCGGCCACGACGGGGCGGGCCCGCAUGAAGGGGGCCACGCCGCAGGAGAAGCGGGCCCUGUCGCGCCAGGCCACCAACGGCGGUGCGGCCUCCUCGGACGGCGGCGCAAGCAGCGACGCCACCGAACCCCGCAACGGGGCCUCUGACGGCUCCUCGCCCUCGUCCGGGGCCGGCAACAACACGCCGGCCUCCACCACCUCUACCACCGCUCCGCUUCCGCUGCCAGGGAAGUUUACAACGGCAAACUUCACAGAGGCGGCGGUCGUGCAGACGGGCAGUCCCGUGUUUGGGUCGUGCGAGCGCCAACGUAAGCGCGGCCGCCCCUCGCAGCAGCAGAACCGAGAAGCCAAAUCCAGCGCGGCGCCGCUCCAAGCCAAGCUGGAGCCGGCGUCGCCGCCGCCCACCUCGGGUGGCAUCGGCAGCAACAGCAACAGCAGCAACCCUACGCCGAGCUUCAGCAGCAUCUACGAGAACCUGGUGGGUUCUGGGCGGCCGGACAAGAAGCCAAAAGCCAAGAGAGCUGCCACCAGUGCCAGCGGUGCGCCGUCGAGGUUGGGUGGUGGCGAUGUUGACCACACCUACUACCGUGAGCUGAGCCUGGGCGGCGAGGAGGGAAGCCCGCGACCUGGUUCGGCCGACUCCGCGCUGACGCAGCCGGCUCGCCUCUCCCUUGAAUCUGCGGACGAUGCGACCCUGGAGACGAGUCCGCAUCCCAGGCCCGACGAAGCGGACGACAAGGGGGCGGCGGCCAUGCUGACCCUGGGCGCGGGCCCUGAGACCUGGGCCUCGGCCCCGUCGGCCCACGUGGGUCCCCCGAGGACCCCGUCUCUUCCUCCACAGAGGGACAGUCCGGCGUGGCCCCCUCCCGACUGCCCGCCGCCGUCAAUGGCCGGGCUAUUCCCCCAGACGCUGGAGCAGUUGUUGGAGCGUCAGUGGGAUCAGGGAUCGAGCUUCCUGAUGAAGCAGGCGCAACACUUCGACAUUGCCUCGCUGCUCUCAUGCCUGCACCAGCUGCGCUCGGAGAAUCUGGAGUUGGAGACUCGCAUCAGCGGUCUUCAGGCGCGCCGUGACCAGCUGCUGGCUGUGAGCGCGCGCCUGCUGGGUCCGUUGGGGACGCUGGCAGCAGCUGCGGGCACGGCGGGGCCGCUGUCCACGCAGGGGUCUUCGUCGGCCGAGGCGGCUGCCACGGCAGCUGUCGACCUGAGGGCCGGACUCAACCCUUCUGCGCUUCCUGGAGGUCCCAUGGGCACAGUGUGCUUCCCCGGGGCGCUGCCCACUUCACAGGGGCUGUCCCAAUUUGCCCUGGGGUCCUGCCAGACUCCAGAGGGGCAUGCUUCACAGUCAUUGCAGGUUCCCACGUCACUGCCGCUCGGAGCAAUGACACAGAGCAGUACAGACCAGAUGGAAGGCACUGGCCGAACCAUUGGACUGACUUUCGGGGAUCUCAGUCACAACAGGACCGGUCCGUCGCCAGCCACCCCUUCGCAGCGUCCGUUCCUGGGAAAGCCCCUGAGAGACGGUAGCCACCACAGAGGUGGCGGCGGCGGGUUAGCAGCCACGGCGGCACCGUCUUCAUUGUCCCCCCCCGAGCGAUCUGGUUGCGGUCCCAGCCAGGGCAAGAGGUGAUGGCGGGCUGGCUCUGUGGAUGGAGCGGCCAGCGUCCACAGUCCAGAUGCCCUCACUACAGUUGCUGAAAACGCCGCUGGAUGCACCGCCGGUUCCACGCCGACGCACCACCAUACCACUGCCGACGUUGCGCCGACGUGCCGCCGUAGCGCCGACGUCAUACCGACACGCCACCGGUCUAAAGUGACUACCAAGGCCAACCAGAAGCAGCAUGUCAGAUCUUCCCGUCAGGGGAACCAUCUCUGAGUCGGACUUUGUGUACUGCAGUUGGCGCUGCGAGAAAGGACGGGUGCCAUCGCGUUCGUUCUUCCGAGGACGGUGCUUGACCCGACUACGAUGUGUUCACGAACGUCAGCUGCAGUUUCUAAACUGCUCGGAGCAUUUGGGAAGCUGGGAGCUUCCUGCAUGUUUGGUUUCCUUCACCAUCAAUAUCUCUGUUAGUAGCAUCGACCGGCGGCGGGCAUUUUAAGUUUUAAGGCCAGCACAGAGUGCAGCAGCUCGAGAUGAAGCAACAUCGUCUAGCCGAAGCCGAAGGCGGUCGUCAGUGCGGACAUUACCGGCCCCAGAGGUGACACAAGGGACAGGGCAAGAAUUGUUUUAAUGUAAAUUGUUAGACAACAGCGUUACUCUAAAUUGUAUUUAUGUUUCUCCGACGUGGCAUUUAUUUUGUUGAGGCACCAGUUGUGGGACGCGGGAUCACAGCCAGUUUGUCGACGUACGGGCUUGUCACGUUUGAAUUUUCUCUCCCCGGGGUGUCUAAUGUAUAUUUUGUACAGUACACACAUAUCGACUGUUACGAACUGACCGGUACAUCCACAACUCUAUUGUGCAUGUUCAUCGACCAAAUGCAGAUAAACUAGCUGCUUUUAUGGGGGCAUUUGUACACGUUACCUUGUGGAUACGAUUCCCUUUGUCGCCGGCAGAUAUGUGUUUUGAAUGUUUACAGUCAAGUUUUUGGUGCAACAUUGUUGCAAUAGUUUUAACUUACCUUCACUGCCCUUGAUUUCAGUGGGCCCGGGUGGGCGUGUUUGUACGGAUAUGUUGUUUCUCUCGGCACGUCUCGGAAGAGUCGCGUUUCAUCCUUUGUCGACUUCCCAUUCUGUCCCCGCGUGGGAAUGCCCUGGUUGUACAGAUUUGAAGACACCCGUGUGACACUAGCCCUUGUUUACGUUAUUCGUCGUCUGUACAGCGAGAGAAGUGGCAGAGCCUCCUGUGUGGCAUUGACUUUUAUUUUCGCCCGUACCAAGCGAGUUAUUGUUUUUGGUCGUGCUUGGUUUCCCAACAAAGCAAAGCCUGCCGCCAUUGUGUAAAUACAUAAUAAAACGGCAACAUUUUUUUUUCCUUUGCCA